CCCUGUGGUCCCUAGAGAGUCAGUCAGUGUGUCAGUGUCCGAGUAGGUCUAAGUGGUGAGGAGUGGGACUCCUUGUCGUGCACCUGACUCCACUAUGGAUGACUAUCCGAUGUACGGGUUACUUGUCGGGCUCCCCUUGUGGGGGACCCUCUGGCGUCUCCUCUUCCCCCUGGGAUUCUGGCCCACGCUCACGUGUAGAGUAGGCACCCGGGGCGCCACCUCCACUACACCUUACACGAAGGAGGAGGAGGAGAAGAUGGCCGCCAUCCUGCAAGAGAGAAAAGAGAAGGAGGCCAAGAAGAAGGCCCUGCAGGAGGAGCAGACAGCAAAGUUGAGAAAGAGAGAGGAGGAGAUGGCCAGAGAAAAAAAGAGGUUGAAGAAGGAAGAAGAGGAGCAGUUGAAGGAAGUGGAAGAGGAAGAAGAAGAUGAGGUGCCACUGCAAAGGAGGAGAGGGAAGCACAGUGGCAGCAAGGAUGAAGAGAUGGAGAAACGGAUUUCGGAGUGGGUCGCCAACUUAUCCCUGGGCGAAGACGAAGAGGUAACUAUGUACGUCCCCAAGGAUGAGCAGGAAGCCGCUAUGAAAAAAGGGGAAGCAGAAGAAGAUGUCCUGAAGCGGCAGGCGAUGGAAGACGAAAUGAGGAUGGAGUGGAAACUCGCAAUGAUGAGGGAGAAGAAAAGAAGAGUGGACGCGGCGAGCGAAGCGAGUGUCGAGCGUCUAGCCAAGGUGCAAGAACAACAAUAUGAGUUUAGUCGAAGCCAAGAUAUAGCUGUGCAUUCGAUGCGGAUGGGAUUUCGGGACUUUGCCCGCGAGCUGGUAGGUGCUGUAGGAGCCGAGGUGAAUCAUCGCCUCGAGAAGACUGAGCGCUUUUGUGUAGGCGCCAUCGAGGGCGUCAAGGUGGCAGCUCCCAAGGCGGAAGAAGUGCAUCCUCGUAGGGAGCCGGUCAAAGUCAAAUUCCCUGAUUCCUACAGUGGAAAAAGGGAAGAGAACUUUGACAACUGGGAGGCCAACGUCAAGACCUAUGUGCAUUUGCAACAGGUCUCCCCAGAUCAGCACGUAUUGAUUGUGAUUCAUGCGCUUAGAGACGAGGCCGCCAGUUUCGCAAGGUCCCUAGUCCGCGCGGCCAACUGUAACAAUGAUGCAGUGGCCUACUCGUCAUUCACUCCCCUCGUUGACUUCAUGAAAUUGCUGCGCGAGCGAUUCGCUGAUGUCGUUCGCAGUGUCAAGGCCUCAGAUAAGCUCCAAACCAUCCAUGCUCGUAAAUGGAAGAGUGUCAGGGUGCUCAAGGGCACGAUGGAUGAGUUAGUGGCUGUCCCUGACCAUGGAGUCACGAAGGCCCAAUUGGUCGGCCUCUUCUAUCGGGCUAUGCCCGAAGCCUUUCGAGGGCAGUUCUUCGCGAAAAGCGAAGAUCCUGCCACCACUUAUGAUUCCCGUAGCCGUGAAGUGGUGGCUUUCGAAGCGAAAUCGGUGUCGCUCUCUACCUUCUGGCACAAAGACCUCGACAAAGGAAAACAAUGGAAGGGUCGCACGAUCUCAGGGCAAGUUAAGACUAAGGAUAGUCUUGUCCUGACCUUAGACGAAGGUAGCGUCGACGAGAUCCCCUAUGAACAGAUUGAAUGGGGGUUAGAGGACGAGGACAGCGGUGCGAGUCAGGGGAGAACUUACGCUGCUGUCGCGGCUGGAGGGAGGCCGCAAGGAGGAGGACGAGGCCAGGGCCAGGGGGGUCGGGCCUCAGGGAGCUGGUUUCAGGGCGAUCAGGGGGUUGGCGACAGAGGAGGAAACCGCCAAGCGGGAGGAAGGGGUCAAGGUCCCCCGCAAAACCGUCCUAGGAACAUGUCUCCCUAUAGGGUCUUUGUAGCCUACGUUAGGCCAGUGACUGAGCCUAAGGAAGAAAAGCCCAUAGGCCCUGCUAUUUCCAAACUGCUGGAGGAGUUCAAAGAUCUAGCUGAGCCGCCGACAGGAGUAGUACCGCGGCCCAUCCAGCAUCGCAUCGAGAUAGAGCCUGGCAGUAGAACUCCUAAGGGUGAGGUGUACAGGAUGUCCUCGCGGGAGUUAGAGGAGCUUCGUAAGCAACUAGACGAGCUCCUUGAGAAAGGUUGGAUUAGGUCCAGGUCAUCUCCAUUUGGAGCGCCUGUUCUCUUUGUCCCCAAGAAAGAGGGAGAGUUGAGGAUGUGUAUAGACUGUAGGGGCCUGAAUGCUGUUACAGUGAAGAAUGUUGAGCCACUGCCUAGGAUAGACGAUCUGUUGGAUCGAGUGCAGGGGGCGAAGUACUUCUCAAAGAUAGAUUUGAAGUCCGGAUAUCAUCAAAUAGAGGUGCAUCUUGAUGAUCAGUAUAAGACAGUUUUCCGGACUAGAUAUGGGCACUACGAGUUCAUAGUGAUGCCCUUUGGACUAACCAAUGCGCCAACGACGUUCCAGCGCUGUAUGAACGCUUUGUUUAGGCCAUGGUUAGAUAGAUCUGUUGUUGUCUACUUAGAUGACAUUUUAGUGUUUAGCAAGACCCUCCAAGCACAUCAGGGUCAUCUCAGGCAGGUCUUGGAGAAGUUGAGAGAAGCAAAUUUCAAGAUCAAUGCAAAGAAGUGCGAUUGGGCGAAGACCCAAGUCUUAUAUCUAGGCCACGUCUUAGACGGAGACGGCGUUAAGCCAGAGGACGGCAAAAUCGCAGCGAUUAGAGAUUGGCCCACGCCGCGUACGCUGACAGAGUUGCGGUCAUUCUUGGGCUUAGCUAACUACUAUAGGAAGUUCGUGAGGAACUUCUCCAUUAUCGCUGCGCCCCUUCGCAGACUGCUCCGGAAGGAGGCCAUCUGGAAGUGGGAUAAGGACUGCACGUCUGCCAUGAAGAAGUUGAAGCAUGCAUUAAUAGAGUACCCAGUCCUUAAGGUAUCUCUGACGGCACCGAAGGUCUGUGCGCGAAAGUUUCAAGGCUCUCAUCACUUCCUCGGUGGCCGGUUCGUGCCGCCGGCAAUUGCUGAGAAAUACAAGUUAAAACUGCCCGCCUACCCUGGAACGGCAAUGUGUGUCAGAAUUGGUCGCUCGCCUUUGGAUUUGGAUGUCUCCGCUUUGCGCAUCAGCUAUGAGAAAGCGCAAAUGACAGAGGACAAAGUGCUGGACAAUCCCCUCGAACAGUUUCGCAUAUGGUUCCAAGAAGCUGUCGCGUCAGGAACUGUCGAGCCUAACGCUAUGCUGCUCGCAACUGCUAACGCACAAGGUUUUCCGUCUGUCCGCGUCGUUCUUCUCAAGGGAUACGACGAGAGGGGUUUUGUAUGGUACACAAACUACAAUAGCCGGAAGGGUGCUGAGCUUGCGGAGAAUCCGAGGGCGGCACUAGUGUUCUGGUGGGAAGACCUGCAAAAACAGGUGCGGAUCGAGGGUCCCGUUGAGAAAGUGUCGGACGAAGAAUCAGACGCGUACUUCCACAGUCGGCCACGUGGCAGUCAGCUUGGAGCCUGCGCUAGCAUGCAGAGCUCUGUGAUUACAGAUAGGAGUGUGCUUGAUGCAAGGUAUGCUGAAGCAGAAGCCAAGUUCAAGGACAGAGAGAUCGAACGGCCAAACGGCUGGGGAGGGUAUCGGCUCCGUCCAGAGUAUUACGAGUUCUGGCAAGGAAGGCAAUCGAGGCUUCAUGACAGUAUGGCCGUGACGACCAAGUCCGGAACGGUGAUCCAGCCAUUGACCGCAGAGGAAGGACAGAGGGUGGAGGAGAUCUGGAGGCAGAGGAAGGAGGACAAAGAAAAAACAAAGAAGGAGAAGGAAAAAGAAAAGGAGAAGCAAAGGUUGGAGGAGGAGAAGAGGACGUUGGAAGAGAAGCUAAAGAAGGUGGAGAAGUUGAAGAAGAAGAAGAAGAAGAAGAAGAAGAAGAAGAAAAGAAGGAAGAGAAGAUGGAGAAGAAGAAGAAAGGGGGACUCAAGACGUGCGACGUGGAAGGGAGGGGGCGCUAGCGGAGGAGGAAGUGCCCAGCGAGGAAGGAGAUGUCUGGUUACCAUAGCUGGGGAGGAGGAAGAAGACGGCCAUAGCCGCAGAGGUUCGGAGGAGUACAUUGCAGCUGUGUUCAGGGUGGCUCCAUGAGGGAGAGGGAGAGCAUGAGUUGAGCAAUACAAGA